UCCCCAGUCGCUCAGGCUUGCGGCGCGGGAGAGCUCGGUUCGUGCGCGUCCUGUUUGGGUACUGGGUCCGGCGGUUCGGGAGGAGCGUUUCCCGGGACCUGCCUCUGAGGCGCAACAGAAAGCCGACAGCAGAAGAGACUGUAUUGUUCAAACUAUUGCAGAGCGCUUGGGGAGGAGCGAGGCUGUGAGAGGAGAGCGAUUUCUCGCCGUGCUCCACGGAUUCAUCUAGACUUCCUGAAAUAGGAAAACGGGGGAUCAACUUCCAACAUCCUGCACAAGCAGUAUUUUUAAAUGUUUUGUGAACGGUGACUGGGGAAGGCGUGUGCUGUCUCUAUAAAGUUCAUGCGGCGCUGCAGGGAGACUGCUAAUAUCUAGAUUCACGCAGGGCGGCUGGCAUUCGCGCUGCUCUGUCUGGGGAUAGAGACCACCUAAUAUCUCGGGAUUACUUCGCCCCGCUCGGAUACUCCUGCCGGUAGCUGCAGCUCCGCUCCACCGUGCACUUUGGAAAGAGGAAAUACAACCGCCAGCAUGAGCAGCAUUUAAAAUCGCAGAAGGCGAACGGUGUUGGGACCAGCUAGCCGGAGACCGGGGAGUCGGAAGAUGAAGACCGAGGUGCUGUGGCUGUUGCUGUGCGUCCUUCCCGGCUGCUGGACAGCAGCGCUGGGCUCGGAUGGAGAUGCUGACCCCAGGGCUCUGGAGAGGUUUUCUGACAGCAGCGUCUCCAAUUACAGCGCCUGCCUGCUGGACCCCAGCUCGGGCAUCCUUUACCUGGGGGCCCGGGACACCAUCCUGGCCCUGGACACCAGGGACUUCACGAAGUGGCGGACGAUCUCCUGGGAAGUGCCGAAGGACAAGCGGGAUACCUGCAUCAACAAGGGCAAGACUGAGGCCGACUGCCACAACUACGUCCGUCUGCUGCAAUUUCUGAGCGCAGAGCAGAUCUACGUGUGCGGGACCUACGCCUUCGACCCGCAGUGCACCUUCCUGAACGUGAUGAAAUUCUCCUUGGAGCUGCAGGAAAAUGGCGAAGUGAGGAUGGAGAGUGGGAAGGGAAAGUGUCCCUUCGAACCCGCUCAGCACUACACUGCUGUCAUGGCAGAUGGACUCCUGUAUACUGCCACCACCAGCAACUUCCUGAGCACGGCCUUCGAUAUCUCCAGGGCGACGGGGCCGGAGGUGGAGCGUAUCCGCACAGAGACCUCCCCCAGCUGGCUGAGCGACCCGGAGUUUGUGAGCUCGGUCUUCGUCCCAGAGAAGAAGGACAGCCCCACGGGAGACGACGACAAGAUCUACUUUUUCUUCACCGAGGUGGCCAACGAGUACAACUUCUACACCCGGGUCAGGGUGCCCAGGGUGGCCCGGGUCUGCAAGGGGGACGUGGGAGGGAGCAAGACGCUGCAGAAGCGCUGGACCACCUUCCUGAAGGCCCUGCUGGUGUGUGAGGACAGCCAGAGUGGACGGCGCUACGACAUCCUGAAAGACGUGUACACCCUGGAGCACCGGCCCGGAGACACGGGCAGCACCCACUUCUACGGCCUCUUCACCUCCCAGUGGGACAGUGAAGAGGUGUCCGCGGUGUGUGUGUACGGGCUGCAGGACAUCGGGGCGGUCAUGAGCGGCUCCUACAAGAAGAAGAACUGCGAUAGCUGGUCUCAACAGGAGCCUCCUCCCCACCCCCGGCCCGGACAGUGCAUCACCGAGGCCCUGAGGGCGGAGGGCUACGAGUCGUCCCUCAAGCUGCCCGACAAGGUGCUGACGUACGUGCGGGACCACCCCCUGAUGGAGAUCCCAGCGACAGCCCACCCCCUGCUGGUGCGCUGGGGCGUCACCUACACCCGGCUGGCGGUGCGCCUGGCGCCGGGCCCCCCGGGGCCCCCGGCCACCGCGCUGCUGCACCUCGGCACCGAUCGCGGGGAGCUGCACCGAGUGUCCGUCCGGGGGCUCGAUGACACCCUGCUGCAGGAGACGCCCCUGUUCGACACCGGCGAGCCCGUCACGCGCAUCCUGCUGACAGAGGACUGGGUGCUGGUGGGCUCCCCCUCCUCCCUGGUGAAGCUGCAGGGCUGUGGUCAGUACAGCUUCUGCGAGGGCUGCGCUCAGGCGGGCUGUGGCUGGGACCCCGAGAGCGGGACUUGCACGGAUCCCCGGGACAAGAAAGGGCUGCUCCAGUCCAGGGCAGAGCUGUGUCACGUGGAGAAGGGACGCUGCUCUCCGCUGCCGCAGGAGGUGAGAGCGGUGAAGGGCCAGCGCCUGCUGCUGCCCUGCGUGCACCUGUCGCAGGCCGGGUGCCACUGGGUGCACCCCGGGGACCGGCACACGCGCCAGCGCCACGCCCACCUGGAGAUGGUGGUGUCGGACGGCAGCGUGGGGGAGUACCGCUGCGAGUGCGCGGAAGGGGGCGCCUCCGGCUCGGAGCCCACGCUCUGCACGAGGGCCGCCUUCCACGUGGUGCUGGGCGCGCCGUCCACAGACGCCGUGGAGGGGGAGCCGCGCUGCCGCACGUUCGGCAUCGGCCUGCUGUGCGUGUUCCUGGGAGCUGCCCUGGGCGCGGCCCUGUGCUUCCUCCUCCUCAGGGUCCGCAGGGCCGCCGCGCGGGCGCCCCAGUCCGAGAAGGACGCGGCGGGGAAGGCGAUGUACGCCGACACGCCCAACUCUCCCAGCAGCCCCAGCCUGCUGUCGGAGGGCGUGCCCCUCACCAAGAAGAACGGCGCUCUGAACGGGCACACCUACGCCAACGUCAACCAGGGCUGUGAGGGCAGGCCGGAGAGCGAGGCGGGCGAGAGGCAGGGCGAGGAGAACCCCAGAGUGCUGCAGCUCGCGGGGGCGCCCCUGGCCUCCUGUGAGGAGAGCUCCAUCUGAAGACAGCAGACAGCCCGUGGUCCGGAGGGUGGAAGGACCCAUGCUUCGUCUGAGCCCAGUCUUUGUGUUUGUUUUGCUGUGUCUUGUUUAGCUUCUCCCUCAGCCGGACCGGAGCCUCUGUGCGCCUCCGAGAGCGCUGAGGAGCGCCAGGCCUGCUCUCCUGGCAGGAGCGGCUGCCCGCGCCUCAAACUCUGCAGAUUUAAAAAGUCUGCCCUGCUGUGGCGGUUUGUUUCUAGCAAAGCUUUUACUGACUCACAGGAGCCUUCGGGACCAAGAGGAGAGCCAUGGACAGCCACAUGUUCCUCUCGUGGAAUGAUCCGUCACCUGUGUACACACCGGGGGCCCCUCGGCCAGACUGGGGGGUGAGGAGGGCUGUGUGAGCUGGCCAGAGCCAGGAACCAGACCACCACCUGGAGGAGAGCUCCUCGUCAUUCAGGCCGUUCUAAUGCAGAUCCGAACCUGCCUGAAGUCACAGUUUUGCCCAGCUGGAGAGACUUCUCUUGCGGAGAUGAAAAUGAACUUGCAAUCAGGAGCUACUGUUCACAGACAGAAUUUCCACCGAGACGAGGAGGGUUGUGCUUAAACGGACUUAAUCGUAGCAGUGCAAUGCUUUCUCACUUGGUGAGCAGUGGUGAUCGUGUUCUGUGUAGGUUUGUGGUGCCCUCUAGUGGGGGGAAUGACAAUCUUCACUGUUCAGUCCUCUUGCACCACACACCUAUUUAAGCCAUUUUAAGAUUUGAGCUUCUGUUGUUUGGCAUGUGUUCUGGUUUUAAUUCAGUAGAGGACUAAUAGGACAAAUCCUGCCCAGGUUAUUGACAUUGCACACCGGUUUCGAGACAUGCAGACAUAUGCAUGAAGUUCACAAGAAAAGACUUGGUCUGGGUCUGCUUUGGCUCUGCUGUCUGCUACAGCAUGUGUUGUACAAUGUAUGCUUCCUGCACAGAGUGCUGAGGGAACUGUGUGUUGUGAAAGGGUAGUGCUGUCCCUGAGACAGCUGCUGUGCAAUCGGGGACUGUGAUAGUGUGACUACGAUCACAGUUUUACUUAAAGCUGUUUAUCUGAACACUUACCCCCAAACUGGCAUCACAGUGUCGGAGCUUUUUGUUUCCAGGACAAUAAUCUGAAGUCCUGUGUUUCAGAUCGGAAUGUUUUGACUCCAGUUUGCGAGGGCUGAGCGCCAGUCCAGGCUGCCUGCCCUUGUUAAAAACAAAUUGUGUUCAGAGUGAUUUUCCUGAAGGAUUCCUCCUUCACAGGCAGCAGCGUGCCAGCCCUCCUGCGCCCCCUGCUGUCCGGCGGGAGGUAGUGCAGGGGGACAGGACCCUGGAGGAGACCGCGGUGACACACCGGCUGCUGCUGAAUCUCACCUGAAUUUCCAAAUAUGUGCCUGUGUUUUAGACAGGAAAGAGACGGCUUGAUAAAGAGCUUUAUUUUCUACUUGCAACUGUUUUUUUUAUUAUUACUAUUUAUUGGUUUAAGUAGGAGUUGAGGUUUCUUUCUCUUCUUUCUCUAUUGGAAUAAAUUCCGCCGCCCUUCUCUCAUCAUGCGAUAUAUUUCCCGGGAAGUGCCUCUUCCUGCUCUUUCCAGGACAACUGCACAGCUGUGCUCGGCCGAGCAGGGUCCUUCCCCUGUACUCGGAGCUAAUCAAGGCUCUAGCCUCCACUCCAAUUACCCUAUAAUCCUGAGAGCUGUGUGCUUUGUGCGUAACUAUACCAUCUGAAGGAUUUAACAGCGGUUGAAUUAUCAACGGAAAACAUCAGGAACUAACCACUGAACACUGAACACACAGCAUUUGAGUAGUUACAGAAGUGGAGUACCGUAAGUACCGUCUGGUAUAACCGGUGUGGCACCAGUGUCCUGUGCUCUCGCACACCUUCACAGUGCUGGGACAUAUUCUGUUAGCAGGUGUUGAACAGAGCGUGCUGUGCUGUGCUGUGCUCGGAGGAGGACCUGCUGCAUGUGCGCUGGGGUUACAGACCUGUCUCCAGGCUGGUGUGAUGCCCGGCUGUAGACCUCGGAAACCACCCUCAAGCAGCACCUUGCUUUGCUCAAAGUAAAGAACGGAGCCGCGCCCGUCGGGAGGGAAGGGUGUCGGUCUUGUUCCUCGUGUGAGAAAGUGAAGUGGCCGCGGAGCCCGCUCCUCUCGCUGGACGGGCACCGAGCACAAGCGCCUCAUUCGGCAGCUCUUGAUCAUGUAUACAGGCAGGGGCGUCCACCAAGGGUCUCGCCGAGGACAUCCUCUCGUGUAGGUCUCGGUUGAUCCCAUUGGCGUUCCCCAGCUGUGGCCGGUGUAGGUGAGGUGUGACAGGACACCGCUUGGGUACAGCGAGCUGUGGUGAUGGACGCAGCGUGUUUGUGACAAGCUUGCUAGUGAUGUGAAUCUGAACCUGGGGUCUCACUGGCGUCCUUGGCGCCACGGUUCGUGCGCCACAAACAGGUUUUGAGACAAACCUUUGUCAAAAGGUAGGAUUGGGAGCUCAUCUUUGAACAGGGUCCGAGUAUUUAAUCAUCAUCAUGGACUGUACACCCCCGUGUUUUGUGAUGUCUUUGAUGAAUGAAAAAAAAAUUCUGAAAAGUUUGUUGUAAAUAGUUUUGGAUAAGCUUUUAUUUUUGUAAUUUAUAAAUAACGCGUAAUUUGUCUUUUGAAUACUGUUUUAACUGUUGAAGGUUAUCUGUGCAGGAAUGUGAUUUGUCCUAUUGUAAAUAAUAAAGCUACCUCUCACUGUA